AUGCGCGUCCGUCAGAUCGACAAAACCAAUUUCAGUUCUUGUUUCUUUUUCAUCCUCAAGCACAUGACCAAACCAAAAGUUCUCUUCAUUGGCGAUUUGAACACUCAAUUGCCCGAGUAUAAGGAUUUCUCAUCCCGUUUCGAUUGCGUGAAGUAUGAGGUGCCCUCAACCAAGGAAGAAUUGAUUUCGGAUUUCAAGAACAAAUUCCAAGAUGUCUCGGCUAUUUAUGGUGCAUGGCUUGGCUUUGGGCUCCUUGGAGGGUUUAAGGAUGAAAUUGUCGCCGCAGCUCCUCCCUCUUUGAAAGUCGUUCUGGUUUGUUCCGUUGGUUAUAACCACUAUAAUGGAGAGCAGAUGGCUGAACGAGGAAUCGCCUUAACCAAUGUUCCUUCUGAUAGCGCUGCGGACCCAGUAGCAGAUUUGGUCUUGUACAAUACCUUGGCAGCAUUCAGGAACUUCAAGAUGGCUUCGGAAAACUUCGCUGGAGAUGUCAAGCAUCUGGUCCAGGCAAGAUGCAUGGCUGACAGCAACGAGUUUGAUCUCAAGACCGGUUCUGUUCUUUUGAAGCCAAGAAAUGGGUACUCUUUUGGCGAGCAAAUCGGUGGCAGACCGUGUCUCAACCCAAAAAAUCAUAACGUGGUGAUUGUGGGUUUUGGCAAUAUUGGCCAGACUAUUGCCCGGAGAUUGUCUCUGAUUGGUAUGCACAUUCAUUAUGUGAAAAGAAGAAGGCUCUCUGAGUCAGAAGAGGCCGACUUGGGCUUUCCAGUCACCUACCACGCUACAGUUUCCGAUGCCAAGGAAGUUGCUGAUUUGGUAGUUAUUGCAUGUCCUGGAACACCAGAAACAUACCACUUGAUCGAUGGACUGGUAAUUUCCUCCUUCGCUAAACCAAUUCGCAUUAUUAACAUUGGUCGUGGGUCUGUGAUCGAUGAGCAGGCCUUAGUGGACGGCUUGAAACUGGGAAAAGUGUUGUUUGCUGGUCUUGACGUUUUCGAAAAUGAACCAAACGUGCACCCGGAAUUAUUUGGACGUCAAGAUGUGGUGUUGACACCACAUAUUGGUGCAUCUACUGUGGAGAACUUUGACUACACUGCAAUUUAUGCCAUGAAGAACAUCGAGGAUAUUUUGGGUGGUGGUCCAGGUCUCAGCAGAGUCAACUAA